AUGCUAGCUCCGCCAGAAGCCUUUAGCGCCUCGUAUGUGUCGUCAAGCCUAAACAAAAUAAGGGACCUGGCCCCAGCCACGUUUCUCAACCAUUUGGUCGUAGAUAUGGAAGACGACGAGGUGGAACAUGUGGAGCAUUUCAAGUAUAAACAGGAUUUGGAGCGGAAAUUGACAGUCACAUCCAUCAUUGGUCUUGGCUUCACGCUUAUGGGUGUACCCUUUGGACUCAGUUCCACACUCUGGAUCUCAUUGGUUGACGGUGGCAGCGUGACUAUUUUGUACGGCUGGAUCAUCGUGGGUUUUUUUAGUUUGUGUGUCAUUCUCAGUUUGAGCGAGAUCAUAGCCAAGUUUCCCACAGCCGGUGGUGUCUAUCACUUCAGUGCCAUUCUAAGUAGUGAACGGUACUCGCUGAUCAGCUCAUGGCUUACAGGGUGGUUUUUGUUGAUUGGAAAUUGGACAUAUGCGGUGAGCAUUUUGUUCUCUGGCUCACAAUUCAUCUUGUCCAUCUUUGGUCUCAAAAAUGUGUACUUCAAGGAAGACAUUCUCUUCGUGCUCCUCAUCUAUUUCAUCUUGCUAGCUGUGGUCAGCUUUAUUAAUUACAAAUUCUCAAAAUACUUGGAACACAUCAACAAAGUGUGCAUUUUCUGGUCCGUCGGCACGGUUCUUGUUGUGGGCAUUCUCUUGGUGGCUUUCUCCAAGAAGACAAACUCUGCGGGACACAUCCUCUCGCAUUUUGACAAUUCCCGCUCUGGCUGGCCAGACCCUAUUGCAUUCAUGGUUGGCAUGCAAAGCUCGGCAUUCACUCUCACAGGGUACGGAAUGCUAUUCUCUAUGACAGAUGAGGUCAAAAACCCAGAGAAAAAUAUGCCUCGUGGUGCCGUAAGUGCCAUGGCAAUGUCAAUUGUACAGGGUCUACUCUUCAUCAUCCCUCUCUUGACAAUUCUCCCAGCCUUGUCUGUUUUGCUUGACCAAAACCCGGAGGUCAUGCCAAUUGAUCUCGUCUUUAAAACAGCAACGGAAUCAUUUGUGGUAUCAAUUUUGUUGAUUUUGCUCUUAGUAGGUACAGUGUUGUUCCAAGCCAUUGGAGCUCUUACCACAGCGUCCAGAAGCACUUACGUAUUUGCUCGUGAUGGCGGCUUGCCAUUUAAGGAAUUUCUUACGGCUGUUGAUUCUGUGGAGGAAUCUGUUCUCCCAAAAAAUGCUCUUUUUACCUCUGUCGGCGUUAUUGGCUUUUUUUCACUACUUGCAUUACUCUCUCCAUCGGCUUUCAAUGCUUUUAUGGGUGCAUCAGUUGUAUCUUUAGCCCUUGCUAAUGGAAUACCUAUCUUGUGCUUGAUGCUCAACAAGAGGAAAAAAAUCAAGGGCUCGGGGUUUCGUCUUAAAUACUGUGGUUGGAUCAUAAAUGGUCUUUCAGUAUUCUGGGUCGGUCUCUCAUUCUUCAUAUUGUGCAUGCCCCCCGUCGUGAAGGACUUAAAAUGGCUGUCCAUGAACUACGCAAGCGUUGUGCUAGUGCUAUUGACUAUUGUUUCACUUGUCGGUUACAAGACAUGGGGAGCCAAUGUUUUCACAGGUCCUCCUUUGGAUACAGACUACUUAGAGCUACAUAACAUCGAGGCUCAGAGUCAUAAAGUUGCGAAAAACGAGCAUUUUGCUAUAGAUGAAGAUGAUUCCAUGAAUUUAGAUGGCUUCAAUGAUACUAAUGAUUUCGCAGGUAAGUCCCAAAUGCUCCCAAUGGAAGACCCCGAAACGGAGUUUGUGCGCACAAGUCAUCAAGAAACAGAAGAAGAAGAAGAACCUCCAUCUGACUUAUCUCGUAUAAAUGAGAGCAGAAGCGAACAGACCGUUGUUGAGCAUGAGGAGACACCCAUAAAUAUUCAAAACGAGGCUUCUGUGUCUCCCAGCACAAAAAGCUUGUCAAAUAGGGACGACGAUCAAGACCAGGCUUCAGAUGCAUGGGAUGACGAUGUUCAAUUUAGUGAUUUUGACGAAUUCGAAGAAAUUGAUGACGAUCCACAAGAAGAGGGUGAAGUCUUGUUUGAUGUGACAAAGUGA